GUGGAGAAUAAAAAUAAAAAAUGGCUCCUGCAAUAUCAACCAGGAACUACGCUAUAAUCAUAGACGCUGGCUCGUCUGGCUCCCGCUCUCAGAUCUACAGCUGGGAUAACUCAAUAGCGACAGAGGCACACGCACCAGAGCUCCCGUACGUUGAACUAGGCUUAGGCAGAGCUGUAGCCGGCGAUAAGCCUUCUGGAUGGAAAGUCGAACCCGGUAUCAGCACUUUAGAGCCUUCAGUUAAUGAACUCGAAGUCUACUUGCGACAGCUUUUAGAACCAGCACUGAAUAUUAUCCCACCUUCAGCCCGUCAGAAUACCCCAGUCUACGUCCUAGCGACUGCUGGUAUGCGUCUUCUCAAUUUAGACAGACAGAAGGCAAUAGUAAAUGCUGCAGACGCUGCCUUGGAACGUAUCGUUGGUUACGAUACAGACACCGAGUUGAAGAUGCGCGUUAUCACAGGUGAAGAGGAAGGCUUCUUCGGCUGGCUCGCUGUUAAUUACCUCAUGGACGGCUUCGUUAGUAAGCGCAAACCAGGUAGUCAGCACACCUGGGGUUUCCUUGAUAUGGGCGGCGCAUCGACGCAAAUCGCCUUUGAACCAAAACGUGGUUGGGGCGAUGGAAUCCCCCGUGAAAUUGACGACGGUUUGAUCGAUUUUAAGCUCAGAAUGACAGAUGGUAGUUACAGGGAUUACACUGUUUUUGUCGCGACGUGGCUCGGAUACGGUACGAACAAAGCGCGUGACAGACACGUCAGUCAUCUCCUACAGCUUGCACAGAGUGAAGCUAAUUAUAAAAGUUACGAGAAACCCGCUGAAGAUGUCAGCCAGGAUGACGAUGACGAUGGUCUUCAGAUUCCCGACAACUCCUCAUCAAGGCUAACAAUUGAUGACCCUUGUCUUCCCCUCAACCUUGACGUCGUGGACCCACAUACGGAUAAUUUCAUACACGGCACGGGUUCAUUCCCCGGCUGCUUGCGCGCCUUGGAGCCCCUCCUCGAACGCGAAGCUUUCUGCGCUCACCCUCCAUGUCUCUUUGGUGGACAGCGUGUACCUCCUAUUGACUUCCAACUUGACCGUUUCGUCGGUGUGAGCGAAUAUUGGUUCAGCUCUGAACAUGUUUUUGGUCUAGGCGGUGCCUGGGAUCUCGUCCGUUUUGAACGUGCUGCCGAGGAGUAUUGCUCCCGCGACUGGAAUGUCCUCACAGAGGAGUGGGAAGCAGGUCAUGUUUCUGGUGUCUCUGGAAAGUGGGGUGAUCAAAUUGACCUCCCUCGUCUCCGGAUGCAAUGCUUUAAAGCAUCCUGGAUAGUACAGGUUUUACAUUCUGGUAUUGGUAUACCCCGUAUAGUCGAUCCUGGUGGUAACAUCACCAACUCUGAAGACCCCUCCGUGAAAGGCAAGGAAAUGGCUGAGCAGAAAGGUCUCGCAAGGCCCGACGAUGAACCUGUGUUCCAAUCCGUCAAUAGUGUCGAUAGUGUACCGAUCUCCUGGACGCUCGGUUCGGUUUUGCUCACUGCGAGUGGCAGUCAAUCACCAUUUGUAACAUAUUCUCCGAAGGAUCUGCCAAAGUACACAAAAAAUUCUGGAAAGAUAUUCAACUUUAAGAUGUCGUCUAUGUUAGAUGACAGAUUGAGUAGUUACGCUCAAUGGAUAUUGAUCGCUCUGUUUGUCGUACUAGCCGUCUAUAUCGUAUAUAGGAUAAGACGGGGGAGAAACUCGCGCAGGAGGCAUGAAUACUCUAGUCUUCCAGCGCAUUUAGAGGAAGGCACAGAGGCUAUCUCACUCAAUGAUCUCAAUUCACCUAGCGCUCGGUCAAGAGGACAGAAUGCGCUGCAAAAUGUGAAUGGUUGGGUACGUCGUUUAAGGAGUUAUUUCCGUGGAGGUGCGCGCUCGCGUACCCCAAAACUGCGUCAUUCUGGUGGACCACCUGGACCAGUUAGUCAACCUCUCCAGCAAACAGCCAGUAGUCCAGCAAUAAUGACAGUUAAAAGUGCACCAACAAGUCCAAAACGGUCGUCACCAAGGUUGUCAACAGCUAGCAGGAUGAGUAAUGAUGACGGAGUUACUGGACUUGGUUUAUUCAGGAAUACACUUGCGCUAAACCGUUCAUCCUCAAAUAUUAAUACCCCUCCACGGGAUGAGCAACCAAAACAUCUCCAAGCUGAACCCCCAACUGGAACUCCCCGUGCGAGCCUUUCUAGUCGUAACAAUUCGAGUGUGAACCUCACGACACUAGUCAGCCGAACGACAAGCUCUGCAAAAUUAAACCACAUGACGGGAUUCACGAAGGAGUAUGAAGAUCACUAA